CGGGUAUUCCAACUUCCAAGCCAUUGAUGCGCGCAUAAAUGAGGAUACGCGGUCCGUCGAUGGUCGUCUUGGGUGAUAAGUCGCGGAUCAGUUGAAGCUUUUGUGAAGUAAUGUGAGAUUGCGAAGCCUAUGCAAACCCCGAGGCCCAAAUCACCUGAUGUGCCGAAGAUCAGGGGAGCUGCAGGAAACAAGGGUCGGGGCAUCCGCGAAAGCUUCCCGAUAUCACAUCCACCGGGUGUUCCAGGUUCGAAGUUCCAGCAGCUGCCACCAAUGUCGAUUUGGCCCCGGUGGUCAAUCUGCCAGCCAAGCUGAAGGGGGUUGUGCGUCCAUCGGAUCGACAUGCAUAGAAACUUUGACCGUUGCAUGCUUCAUCAUCGCGGCAGCUUCAGUUGAUGUCCCUGGCAUUGUGGCAUUGUGGCAUUCCAGGGGCAGUGUCGGUAUCCGCAUCCGAACACUGCAGCUUGCCCCAGCAUCUAUCUACUCGGCCAAGAAGGAAUCGUCAGCCGAAAUGUCUGUGCUCCUGAUCAUGCUAGGGAGGAAGUUUCUGAAGCCGGGGAUUCUAGAUGGCGCAAGGGCUCUGGGCACUCACCGGCGUGGAACUUGGCUUGAACGCUGGCGUGGAUGCUGGCGUGGAACUUGUAAGGGCGGCAGCGAGUGCGGAGGCGGCAAAUGUGGCAUGGCGCCAGCAAAAUUAUCUCAUCUUCAGAUGAAAGUGGAUUCCGUUUCUCUAUUUGUCAAGGACGCAAGAGUCAAGCCACGACUCGACAGACCAUUCCGCUCUGACAUGGGUUCGAUGUGCCCAGCUCUGGUGGUGUUGUAACUUGUGUAUAUGUGAGAGAUUGUGCAGGCUCAAUGUGACGUGAGUUGUUCGUCUGCA